AUGUCGUCUUCCAGGACAAAAAAGACCGUCGACUUCGACCGUGGCACCAAGCCAUCCAGGUCUCAUCACCACCGCAGCAGCAGAGAUUCGGGUGUUGGCAGCAGUUCUGCUUCUGAUCGCGCCUCACUUGGCACCGCACCCGACUCGCCGUUCACCUACCAGCAAAGAGAUGAGCAGAGACAAAUCCUAGGCGCAGUGCAAGAAGCACUCGAUGCCGCCAACGAAAAGAUCCGUCAACUUGAGGCAGCCAAUGCAAAUCUCAACACCGCCUUGAAAGAAAGUAACCAGGAGAAUCGCUUACUGAAGCGAGAGAAAGCGGAGCUGCACAACAAGCUUGACAACGCAAACGACGAACUCGACGACCAAGCCAAGGUCAUCGAGAAGCUCGCAAGAGAGGUGUCGCCUAAAAGGAGCGAGAAGACCUCGUCAACAUCGACUCGAUCAAGUCCACCGCGAUCAAGCCACCGCGACGAGAAGAGAUCAAGCGGUCGUCGUUCCUCAAGCACGGGCGGUCGCCGUUCCAGUUGGCGAGAGAUGCCUGUGCCGCUGUAUGACAGCCACUCGCCGACGACACACACAACCCCUAAUCCCUUCGCCCCGCGGGGACCGCCUCUGCCUGCAGCUACCUACCGUGCGCCUGGCCCAGUAGCCUAUGCCACGAACCAACUAUCCUAUGCGCCUGGGCCAACGUUUGGCCAUCAAAAUUCGCCGGUUCGAGGACACUACCACCAGGACGAUGGCAGAUAUCACCUUUCUCCCGUGUGA